AUGGAUGAGAAUGCAUUGAUAAAAUUUCAUACAAACUUUAUUUUUGGUGGUGGGAAAUCUCCCUUGGUUAUUGAUAACCGGGAAACUCUCGUUUUUCACUUCCCUGUGUUUAUGGAGAAAAUCAAGAACAUGGUCUUGACAGGCCUCGAGGCUGAUCAUCUGAACCCAUAUGAUGCAGUAUCUGGGCUAAACAAGCUUGUUUUCCCGGAGUUUUGUCUACAAAGAGCGUUAUGCGUAAGAAAUGUUUGGAUGAAUGGUCAAAAUGAGAUAAGAAGUUUGUGGUUAGACAAGGAUAAAAUAGAAGUUUAUGUUGCUUAA